GAUGGUGAUGACGACCCACAACUCUCCUGGGUGGCUUCAUCUCCCUCCAGCAAAGAUGUUGCAUCACCCACUCAGAUGAUAGGAGAUGGGUGUGAUCUCGGCAUCGGGGAGGAGGAAGGGGGGACUGGCCUGCCGUAUCCCUGUCAGUUUUGUGAUAAGUCCUUCAUUCGCCUGAGCUACCUUAAAAGGCACGAGCAGAUCCACAGUGACAAACUACCUUUCAAAUGCACCUACUGUAGCAGGCUUUUUAAGCACAAGAGAAGUAGGGAUCGCCACAUAAAGCUUCACACGGGGGAUAAAAAGUACCAUUGCCACGAAUGCGAGGCUGCGUUCUCUCGCAGCGACCAUCUCAAAAUUCACCUGAAAACCCACAGCUCCAGCAAACCAUUCAAGUGUACUGUGUGUAAACGUGGGUUUUCAUCUACCAGCUCAUUGCAGAGUCACAUGCAAGCUCAUAAAAAGAACAAGGAACAUAUGGCAAAGACUGAGAAAGAGGUGAAGAAGGAUGAUUUUAUGUGUGAUUACUGUGAAGAGACAUUCAGUCAGACAGAAGAUUUGGAGAAGCACGUAAUGACACGCCACCCACAGCUUUCCGAGAAGGCAGAUUUGCAGUGUAUUCAUUGCCCUGAAGUAUUUGUAGACGAAAACUCGCUGCUCUCACACAUUCAUCAAGCCCAUGCCAACAAAAAACACAAGUGCCCUAUGUGCCCGGAGCAGUUUUCUUCGGUGGAGGAAGUCUAUUGCCACUUGGACAGCCACAGACAACCUGACUCCAGCAAUCACAGCAUCAGCCCUGACCCGGUCUUGGGGAGUGUGGCAUCCAUGAGCAGUGCAACUCCCGACUCCAGCGCGUCGGUGGAGAGAGGUUCCACCCCGGAUUCGACCUUAAAGCCUUUGAGAGGACAAAAGAAAACCAGGUCUGUUGACAGAGAGGAAGGCCAGAACUGGUCUAAAGUUACUUACAGCUGCCCGUACUGCUCGAAGCGUGACUUCAACAGCCUUGCUGUUCUGGAGAUCCAUCUGAAGACCAUUCAUGCAGACAAACCUCAGCAAAGCCACACGUGCCAGAUCUGCCUUGAUUCCAUGCCUACACUGUACAACUUGAAUGAACACGUGAGAAAAGUGCACAAAAACCAUGCCUAUCCCAUGAUGCAGUUCAGCAACAUUUCUGCCUUUCAUUGUAAUUACUGCCCGGAGAUGUUUGCAGAUAUCAAUAGCUUACAGGAACACAUCCGCAUUACUCACUGUGGCCCGAACGCUACCCCUCAAGAUGGCAACAACGCUUUCUUCUGUAACCAGUGCUCCAUGGGCUUUCUGACCGAAGCAACCUUGACUGAGCACAUUCAGCAGACUCACUGCAAUGUAGGAAAUUCAAAAUUGGAUUCCCCUGUCAUCCAGCCAACACAGUCUUUUAUGGAAGUUUAUUCAUGCCCUUAUUGCACAAACUCCCCCAUUUUUGGCUCCAUCCUGAAGCUUACAAAGCAUAUUAAAGAAAACCACAAGAACAUUCCUCUGGCACACAAUAAGAAGUCAAAAGCAGAGCAGAGUCCAGUUUCUUCUGAUGUUGAAGUCUCUUCCCCUAAAAGGCAACGGCUUUCUGCUAGUGUAAACUCAGUGUCUAAUGGUGAAUACCCAUGUAAUCAGUGUGAUCUAAAGUUCUCAAAUUUUGAAAGUUUUCAAACCCAUUUAAAGUUGCAUUUGGAGCUGCUGUUGAGGAAACAGUCUUGCCCUCAGUGUAAAGAAGACUUUGAUUCCCAGGAGUCUCUUCUGCAACAUCUCACUGUGCAUUAUAUGACAACUUCAACUCAUUAUGUGUGUGAGAGCUGUGACAAACAGUUUUCUUCAGUGGAUGAUUUGCAGAAGCAUUUGUUGGACAUGCAUACUUUUGUGUUGUAUCACUGUACCCUUUGCCAAGAAGUUUUUGAUUCCAAGGUAUCUAUCCAAGUGCAUCUGGCAGUCAAGCAUAGCAAUGAAAAGAAGAUGUAUCGUUGCACAGCCUGUAACUGGGAUUUUAGGAAGGAGGUGGAUCUCCAGAUUCAUGUGAAGCAUAGUCACUUGGGGAAUCCAUCAAAGUCUCACAAGUGCAUCUUCUGUGGUGAGACCUUUAGCACAGAGGUGGAACUGCAGUGCCAUAUCACAACCCACAGCAAAAAGUACAACUGCAAGUUCUGUAGCAAAGCUUUUCAUGCCAUCAUCUUGCUUGAAAAGCACUUAAGGGAAAAGCAUUGUGUUUUUGAUGCUAGCGCUGAGAAUGGUACAGCUAAUGGCAUGACCCCAACAAAUAAGAAAACAGAAGGGGCAGAUAUCCAGAACAUGUUAAUGAAGAAUCCAGAUACUUCAAACAGUCAUGAAGCCAGUGAGGAUGACGUAGAUGCAUCUGAGCCCAUGUAUGGCUGUGACAUUUGUGGGGCUGCCUACACCAUGGAGGUCCUCUUGCAGAACCAUCGUUUGAGAGAUCAUAACAUCAGGCCCGGGGAGGAUGACUGUUCUAGGAAGAAAGCAGAAUUCAUUAAAGGUAGCCACAAGUGUAACAUCUGCUCAAGGACCUUUUUCUCGGAGAACGGCCUGAGAGAGCACAUGCAGACCCAUCGAGGCCCAGCUAAGCACUACAUGUGCCCCAUCUGUGGGGAACGCUUCCCAUCACUCCUGACCCUGACGGAGCACAAAGUCACUCACAGCAAAAGUUUGGAUACAGGGACAUGUCGGAUCUGCAAAAUGCCGCUGCAGAGCGAGGAGGAAUUUAUUGAGCACUGCCAAAUGCACCCAGAUCUCAGAAACUCCCUCACCGGGUUUCGCUGUGUUGUGUGCAUGCAGACCGUCACCUCUACCCUCGAGCUGAAAAUUCAUGGGACGUUCCAUAUGCAGAAAUUGGCAGGAAACUCUGCGACCUCAUCGCCCAACGGCCAGGCCUUGCAAAAACUCUACAAGUGUGCGUUGUGCUUGAAGGAGUUCCGGAAUAAGCAGGACUUGGUAAAGUUGGAUGUGAACGGCCUUCCCUAUGGCCUGUGUGCUGGUUGCAUGACCAGGAGCACCAAUGGACAGUCUUCGGGCUUGACUCCACAGGAGGUGAACGAGAGGCCAUGUGGCAGUCUGAGGUGUCCAGAGUGUAGUGUCAAAUUUGAAAGUGCUGAAGACCUAGAGAGCCACAUUCAGGUAGACCACCGAGACCUGACACCUGAGACUAGCGGCCAAAGGAAAGGUACCCAGACGUCCCCUGUUCCCAGAAAAAAGACCUAUCAAUGCAUCAAGUGCCAGAUGACCUUUGAGAAUGAGAGAGAGAUACAAAUCCAUGUCGCUAACCAUAUGAUUG